GGGAACGAUCCUGGCAUGGUAGCAGAUAUAGCUAUGAUGAUUUCUACAUAUGUAAGCACCGAUUCAAUUUUGGUAGUGAGUCCAAGGCGUAUGAUAAGAUCUGAUGGUCAUCAGGUAUAUCGCAGCGGGCGGCCAGGCGGCGGUGGAGUGACUUGGAGCGAACGGACCACAACCGCUGACUACAUUCAGGAUAAUGCUAGGAGUCCUUAUGAUUCUUCACCAGAAGUUAUUAUCAUGCUUAUUUGUUGUAAAGCAUGCCCCCCAAAGUUGCAUUAG